AUGUUUGUUUUUGUUCCUCAUAGACUUCGUGGUCGUGGGGUGCUGGCCAUCCUACGAUCAUACUUCAGCAGGCGCGGACAGAGCCAUUGUAAUUCAACAUGUCAAGAUUCAGCUGCCAGAGACACGGUCGAAGAAGACGACAACAAAGAAAACAAUGACAAUGACACGGACUUGAUCGUCAACCAGCUAGCUGCCCUAGCUUCCACCAUCAGUCGAGUAUCGACCAACCCUACCACAGCGGACUCGUCUUCCUUGUGCAACAUCGAUAUCCAAGACCACUCAGAAAAAGAGCAAGAAGAAUCAUUUUAUUACCUCCGAAGCCUCAUAACCAUCUCAUAUCUCACACCAAACCCUGAGAUCACAUCCACCAACCAAACUCUUCACGUACCACCGCUCCGUCGCAAAAGGGCUUCCUCCAGACUAAGCCUUCGUCUCGAUAUUCCCGGCCUCUCAUUCGCACCAAAGGCCCACAAACCAAAAUCUUCUCCUCGAUACACCACCCUACCACCAGUCUUCACACCAAAGACAAUCUCCAUCCGCCCGGAAGUCCGCUUUUAG